AUGGAUUCCGACGAGAUUGUACCAGAGAACACCCAAAUUGAGGAGGAGGACCUGGAUGAAAAGUACCCGAAUCGGCCGCAUAAUCGCGCCCCGACACUCCCAUUCCAUGAUCUGUAUCUGAACCUUUUCGAUCCUCUCAGUGAUAUCAGAAAGAAACCAAAGGGUCCUAGCUUGGCUAGACGGAAGGCAGGUCCUCAUGGAAAGGGUGCGACGAGCUUGAACCCGUAUGAACUCCGACGCGACAUCAUCGCUCGGUUCAUUUCACGAUGGCGAAAGGAAGUGGGGGACGAUAUUUACCCUGCCUUCCGGUUAAUUCUACCAGACAAGGACAGAGACCGACCUAUGUACGGUAUGAAAGAGAAGGUCAUUGGAAAGAUGCUCGUCAAAAUCAUGAAGAUCAACAAGGAAUCCGAGGAUGCUUCCAAUCUGCUGAACUGGAAGCUCCCAGGAGUCUCUGCAGCGCGGAUGGCGGGAGACUUUGCCGGACGCUGUUACGAUGUCAUAUCCAAGCGACCUAUGCGGACAGAACCAGGCGAUAUGUCGAUUGAAGAAGUCAAUAAGAAACUGGACGAGCUCUCCGCUGCGUCCAAGGAGGACCAGCAGGUGCCCAUUUUGGCAGAAUUCUACCGGCGCAUGAACCCGGACGAAUUGACGUGGCUCAUUCGAAUCAUUCUUCGCCAGAUGAAGGUUGGUGCUACGGAGCGUACACUCUUUAACGUUUGGCAUCCCGAUGCCGAAAAUCUUUACAGUAUCUCCAGUAGCUUGCGCCGGGUCUGCUGGGAGCUGCACGAUCCCAAUAUCCGGCUCGAGGCGGAAGAUCGUGGGAUCGGGCUUAUGCAGUGCUUCCAGCCUCAGUUGGCGCAGUUCCAGAUGCAUUCGUUUGAGAAAAUGAUUUCGCGGAUGCGGCCAACUGAGGAAGAUCCGGUCUUCUGGAUUGAGGAGAAGAUGGACGGAGAGCGUAUGCAGCUUCACAUGGCCCCCGAUGAGUCGAUUCCAGGCGGUCGCAGGUUCAGGUUCUGGUCACGGAAAGCCAAAGAAUACACAUAUCUCUAUGGAGGAGGGAUAUACGAUGAGAAAGGAGCCUUAACCAGACAUUUGGAAAAUGCCUUUGCGGAUGGUGUGCAGAGCCUCAUUCUCGAUGGCGAGAUGGUGACAUGGGACCCAAAGCAAGAUGCCCCUGUUCCAUUUGGUACAUUGAAGACUGCCGCCCUGGCGGAACAGCGCAAUCCAUUUUCUGAUGGACCGAGGCCUCUCUUCCGUGUUUUUGACAUUCUAUAUCUUAAUGGGACCGACCUUACCAGGUACACUCUUCGCGACCGUCGCAAUGCAUUGGAGAAGACAGUCCUCCCAGUUCAUCGCCGCUUCGAGAUUCUCGAAUACCAUGAAGCUACUACUGUAGCAGAUAUUGAGAAAUGUCUGCGAACAGUUGUAGCCGAGGCCUCAGAAGGUCUGGUAUUGAAGAACCCUCGUUCACCAUACCGGUUGAACGAGCGCCACGAUGACUGGAUGAAAGUUAAGCCAGAAUACAUGACGGAAUUCGGUGAAUCCCUCGAUCUUGUGGUUAUCGGUGGAUACUAUGGCUCCGGUCAUAGAGGAGGUAACCUAGCGAGCUUCCUGUGUGGUCUUCGCGUCGAUGAUCAGAACUCUUCCCAGGGCUCAGAUCCAAUGAAAUGCUGGUCAUUUUGCAAAGUUGGCGGAGGUUUCACGGCUGCCGACUACCAGGAAGUGCGCCAUCACACAGAUGGCAAGUGGAACGAAUGGGAUCCCAAGAAGCCCCCGUCUGCCUUGAUUGAGCUUGCGGGAGGAGACGCUCAGCACGAAAGACCAGAUAUGUGGAUCAAACCUUCAGAGUCGGUUGUGCUAUGCGUUAAAGCAGCCUCGGUAUCUGUGAGUGAUCAAUUCCGCAUGGGAUUGACACUGCGUUUUCCACGCUUCAAGAAGCUGCGAAAAGACAAGAACUGGAAGAGUGCCUUGUCGAUUCAAGAAUUCUUGGAUCUCAAGUCGAAUGCAGAACAGGAACAUCGCGAAAAAGAGUUCUCAGUGGAUAAUUCUCGGAAGCAAAAGCGUGUGAAGAGGGCUGUCAAGGAACCUUUGACCAUCGCUGGAUACGACGAGAAAGAGAACGUGCAAUACUUUGGACCGUCAGGUCAUAUAUUUGAUCAUCUCAACUUUUUCGUCAUGACAGAAUCAACUGUUCCAGAGAAAAGGACAAAGGCCGAGCUUGAACAACUUGUCAAAGCCAACGGAGGCAAGAUCUACCAGACAAACACGGCUGUUCCAAACACGAUUUGCAUCGCUGAACGCAGAACCGUCAAGGUGGCAUCGAUACAGAAAAGCGGGCAGACUAACAUUGUUCGCCCGUCUUGGCUGAUUGACUGCGUGAAACAAAAUGAGAAAGAUGCUGGUCUACCGGACCUCCUCUUACCUUUCGAGCCAAGACAUAUGUUUUUCACUAUGGAAGACCAAUAUGAAGACAUCAAGCCGAACGUUGAUCAAUUCAUGGACAGCUAUGCUCGUGACACCACGGUUGAGGAACUCACAGAGAUUCUCGAGCAAAUGCAGAAAACAGAGGAGCAAACACAGAGACCCCUGGAUCCUCAUUCAAUGCAGAAGAUCGAGACCCAUAUUCAAGACAAGGUCCACUCAGGCUACACAGCGCCCUGUGGAUGGCUCUUCCGCGGUCUGACAUUCUUCUUCCCCUCAAGUUCCCAAGUCAACGGCGACGCGGCCAGCGAUUCAGAUUCAUCAAGCUCUACGAUGGAAGAUAUCCGUCUAACGAUCGCACUCAAUACGGCACAGUUUGGAGGAGCCGGUACCGUCUCUUCCCUGAAAGCCCCUGGUGUCACCCAUGUCCUUGUCAAUACGGAAAAGGUUUCCUCGGCGGAGAUCAGCUCGUUGAGAAAGUCAUUGGCGGCGGGUUCGCGGAAGAAGAUACCUCAUAUUGUGAGUUUGGGUUGGGUGGAGGAGAGCUGGAAGCAUGGGACACUGUUGGAUGAAGAGAGAUUCCAGGUACCGCGAUGA